AUGGGCACCUACUAUGUGAAUGAUGGUGCCAAUAGCUGCCCUUAUGGGAAGGGCACCUACUGUAUGAAUGAUGGUACCGGUAGCUGCCUGACAUGCUUCUGGUGUGAUAUGUGCACAGAGGAAUAUGUUGCUCAUGUAAAGAAGGUCUUUGAAGUUUUGCAUUCUUUUGAAGAGCAAAAUUUUAGAUUGGGGACAUUUAUGCUAGAAGGGGAUUUCGAGCAUUCGUGGAGUUCGGUGAGACAGUCCUGGGUGGAGACAGGGAUUACGGCCACUUGGAAGAACUUCCUAGUGGCAUUUAAUGAGGAGUAUUUCCGUGAUUCUGUCCGAGAGAGGAAGGAAGUGAAAUUUAUUGAGCUGCAGCAUCGGAGAUUGUCGGUAGAACAGUAUGCAGCCAAGUUUGCGGAGCUCUCUUCGUAUGUGCCUCAUAUCAUGGACACAGAGGCGUGUAUGGAGAGCAAGUUUGAGAGGGGCCUCAGGCCAGAUAUUCGAGGGAGAGUAAUGUCAGCCAACCUUAAGGCAUUCUCCCCAUUGACGAAGCCUGAGAAUAAAUCAAAGACUCAAGGUCCACUCACGAAAUAG